CUCCGCUAAACAGCUGAUUGGACGCAGCAGUCCUCUGUCAGAGCAGCGGCACAACCAAACAAACUGUGUAAACAAACUGUGCAGCAAUGAACGAUCCCAACCGAAAAAUAGAGAUUGAUAAAUCUUCCCUUCUCAGUUUGAAGGCGGAACUGCUGCGCAAACAGGAAGAGGUGGGCAGAGCAAAGGCGUCCACUUCGAUCGACGAUUUCGUGCCGAAGAAAGUCCCCAAACCGGAGAAAGAUGUAUCGGCGAAGCGAAAGGAACGCCGGGAAAAGAAGGAUAGUUCGCAGCCGGUGGUCACAGAGCUGGAAGAUUCGGCACAGCUCGCCCGUUCGAAACAAAUGCUGGUGGCAAAAGCGAAAUACUACGACCGAAUGGUUGCAGCCGGCGGUUCGCUAAACAGCGACGAAAACAGUCUCGUUAUGUUUAACAAAAAGAAGCAGGAUACCAAACCGGUGUACAGCUCCUCCGAACAUUCGGCCGAAGAGAGCAGCACCGACUCGGAAUCGUCCGACUCGGACAGUGAAGGUGUGGAAGACGGAGACAAAUGGGUUGAGUACACCGAUUGCUUAGGACGCACGAGAAAGUGUCUCAAGAAGGACUUGAAAGAGUGUUUGGCUCGUGAUAAGGAGCUGGCUAAAUCGAUGGCACCGCGCGAAGGACAACGCAGAGAGGAUUUGCAAGGUUCUUCUAGUGUGCAUACUGUACCACUAGCGAGACCAGAGACGUUGCCGAGUACCAGCACGGAUGCACAAGAAGAGGAAGACGAGGACGGUGAAAUCGUCGGUCCAAUGCCUCCUGCGAUGAGUCGAACAGACGAUACAGAUCUGGGAGAACGGUUCCUGGAGAUGAAAGAGCAGUGGGCACAGCAGGAAGAAGCUAAUCUGGAGAAGGGUUCCAUACACUACCAGGACGUGCUGUUUAAUGAGGCAAGAUUACACGGCGUUGGGUACUAUGCAUUCUCCACCGACCAGGAGGAACGCAACCGACAGCGGGACGAGCUGGAUUCAAUACGCGAAACAACGAUGGAAGCGCAGAAGGAGCGCGAAGCACUGCGGCAGGCACGCGACAAGCUCAUCGCCGACAGGGUAAAGGCAGCCCGGGCACGACAGCGAGCACGCCAAGGUUUACCGCCCGAGGAGGACGAGGACAGUAGCAAGCAACAACAGACCGAAGCAUCCGAUCAGCUGUACGAUCCGGUGGAGGAACGACGCAAACGCAAGGCGGAGGAAAAGCAGCGCAAGCGAAAGGAAAAGGAAGAACGCCGCAGGGAGCGUGAACGGGCGGACCAUGUACGGCCGUGGGACGAGGGCAAGGAGCAGAAUCCCGACGAUAAGGAGUGGGUUCCGGCGAAGGAGAAAUUCAUUCUAUCCCAGCACGAAUGGAACGAUCUAAAGCGAAGCGAACGGAUUGCCGAAUUCGCACCACCACCCGUCGAAACGGCCAGUACGGCACGGUCCCGGAGUUGGACACAAAAGCCACGUGCAAAUAGUCGUGGCCCGUCGCCCGACAGCGAAUCGGAAUCGUCCGAUAGUGAUGAGGAAGUCGUCGUCGGUCCGAUGCCUCUAAUGACCGAUCCCUCCCAAGCAGGAGCGCUCGAGGACAUUCCGCUUCCGGAGGAGAUGGAUGAGGAACCGUCCAAAGGGUCGCUCUUUUUCACCACAAAAAAGAACCCUCCCAAAAAGGAGCUCAAGCGCCGGAAUCUAAACGCGGUCGAAAUGUCAACACCCGCCAAGAUGGCAGCUCCCGUGCCCAUUAGAAAUGAGCUAAGUGACGGGGAAGCUGAUGAGGAGGCAGCCGUGUUGCCGCCGAGGAAAGGUGCUGAGAUAGAGCCACCGGCGACGUACGAUUACUACGGACCGUCGGAUGCUGCGCGUCGCAGUCGUCCUGCAGCAGGCCAAACGGUCGCCCCGGAAAAUAGAACAAACCUGGAGGCAUCGAUUGAGGCGGGGUUGAAAUUUUUAAGAAACCAAUCGGACAAAUCAGGUGGCCCAGGGACCAAAAAUCGCUGGACAUCAAAUGCAGAUUAUUGAGUAAGAUAAAUGGUUUUGACUGGAACAAA